AUGUAUCAGUUCAUGAACUGCUGCUAUCCGAGCAAGCCCCAGCUGACCGCGGCCCCUGGCUUUGUGUUGCAGCUUCCCUCCUUUGCCCGCCGCUCGAACAUCCUCACGGGGCUGCAGGACCCUGCUGUGGACAACAGGCCAAAGCUGGACCUCGGCUCCUCCGGCAAGAGCCAGCAGCACCAGUAUGAACUCAACAGCAAGAAGCACCACCAGUACCAGCCCAAUGGCAAGGAGAGCAGCAUGAAGCACCAGUCCCACAGCAAAGGGAAGUAUUACUACCAGCUGAACAGCAAGAAGCAUCACCACUACCAGCCGGACCCCAAGAUGUAUGAGCCCCAUUACCAGCCCAGCAGCAAGGAGCCACAGAGCCAGGCCUGCUUGGACAGUAACAAAAGCCCCUUGGUCACCCACCCAGACAAGUGGGCACAUGGCCCAGCCAAAAACCUGCUGGGCCCAGUCAAGAAUCUUGCUACUGAGAGCAAGAAUGGGGCUGAGAAGAACCUGUCCAGUGGUACAGGGCCUCCCCCCAGGGACAGGGUGGCCAGCAACGGCCUCGGGGGCAAGAUGAAGAUUGUCAAGAACAAAAACAAGAACGGGCGCAUUGUGAUUGUCAUGAGCAAGUACAUGGAGAAUGGGAUGCAGGCUGUGAAGAUCAAGUCUGGGGAGGCGCCCCGGAAGCGGGCUGCAGAGGAGAGGACUCCUAAGAAGGGUGGGGAGGAAAAGCUGGAGACUUGGAGGAAGUCAGGGGAGGAGAGGGUGGUGGGCAGCAAUGCCCUGGGCGAAGCGGAGGGCGAAGGCCCCCCCACGGAGCUCGAGGAAAGUCCCCAAAAGACUCCCCUGACCAAGGAGCUGCCCCUUCCUCCAGUGGAGCAGACCCUGCAGCUCACCACCAAGCCGGACCUCGUGCCCUGGUCCCUGGUUGGUGCUGCAGAGUUGAUGGGAACUCCUGCAAUAUGUUUAGAGCCUGUGGUUCUCACUGGCCUGCGUGGGGACCCCAAAAUCUGA